AUGUCGAUCCCUGUGCCACCCAGCUGGAAGGACCUUGGUAAGGCCGCUUCGGACAUCCUCGGUAAGGACUACCCCAUCCACGGCUCGACCUUGGAAGUUAAGACCCGCACUCCGUCGGGCGUCACCUUCAAGGUGCUUGGUUUGCACGACAACAAGUCGUCGACCAUCAGCGGUGACCUCGAGGCUAGCUGGGCUGACCGCAAGAAGGGUGUUGCCUUCACCCAGGCCUGGUCGACUGCCAAUGUGCUCCGCAACCACAUUGAGCUCGAGAACCACCUUGCCAAGGGCCUCAAGUUCGAGGUGAUCUCGACUCUUGUGCCGGAGAAGCAGGCUAAGAACGCUCUUGUGGCUGCCACUUACCGUGCCCCUGGUCUGCACACCCGCCAGUUCGUGGAUGUGUUCAAGGGCCCGCUUGUGACUGCUGACGCUGUGGUUGGCCGUGACGGCUUCCUGUUCGGUGCCGAGACUGCCUACAACGUGAAGGACAAGAAGCUCGCUCGCUACAACCUGGCUGCUGGCUUCCACGCUCCUGAGUACGCUGUUACUCUGCACGCUCUUGGCAACCUCUCGACCUUCAGCGCCUCGUACUACCACCGCGUGAACACUGAUGUUGAGGCCAGUGCCCGCGCCACUUAUGACUCGAAGUCGGCCGGCAACGUUAACCUCGAGGUCGGUACCAAGACCUACCUCGACAACGCUGCCUUCAUCAAGGCUAAGAUCAACAACUCGGGUAUCCUGGCUCUUGGCUACGCCCAGGCCCUGCGCCCGGGUAUCAAGGCUACCUUCGGUCUGGCUCUUGACACUCUUAAGCUGUCGUCCGGCUCGAACGAUGCCAGCGCUCACAAGAUGGGUGCUUCGCUCACCUUCGAGGCCUAA